AGAUCAUGUGAUUGUUUAGUUUGAUAUUUGAUAGAAAAAAAAGGAGAAGAAUGAAAUUCUUUAUUAUAUUUUUAGUAAUACUUGAAAUAAAUAGCGAAAAAUAUAUUCCACUGGAUGGUUUAUGGUCUCUUAGAUCAAAUAGCAAAAACUUGACAAAUAUUCCUGCAACUGUUCCUGGUAAUGUCUACACAGACUUAAGAGCGCAUGGUAUACUUAAAAAGCCACUAUAUUACAGAGAUAAUGAUCAGAAAUACAGAUGGGUCAGUAGAGUUGACGAUUGGACUUAUACAAGAAAUUUUACAGUCUCCCAAGACGACAUAAAACAUGGAAAAAUUGAACUAGUUUUCGAGGGAUUAGAUACAAUUGCCCAAAUCUAUAUAAAUAAGAUAAUGAUUUAUGAAGCAACCAAUAUGUUUCGACUCUACUCUUUUAACAUAAAAAGCUUGCUGAAAGCGUCCUUGAACAGUAUAACUGUAAAGUUUUCUUCUCCUAUCAAAUAUUCAGCUGCAAAAGCAUCUCAAUAUAAAAAGAGGUUUUCUUAUGACGUUCCUCCAAAGUGCCCUCCAACUGUGCAAAAUGGAGAAUGCAAUUUUAACUUUAUCAGAAAACGAGCGUCCAGUUUCAGUUGGGAUUGGGGUCCAGCUUUUCCCGGAGUAGGAAUUUGGAAAAGCGUCUACCUAAGACUCUACUCUUCUGCUACUUUAACUCAAAUUGUCGCUUAUCCUGUCAAAGACGCCAAGUUGGGCUGGUUUGUUAAAGGCUCUCUAUAUUUCAACGUAGUUUUGGCUCAAAAAGGAAAAUUAACCUUAUCCAUCGCCAAUGUUAUUAAAGUAAGCAAUGACGUAGUACUGUUUGCUGAUGAGCAUAAAUACGACUUCUCAAUGCAUGUCAUCCGACCAAUAAAGCUGUGGUGGCCUAAUGGCUAUGGAAAGCAAAAUCUGUACAAUCUAACUAUCAAGUUUACUACUUCUGACGAAAGUACUGAAAAAACAGUUGAAAUCGGAUUUAGAACAAUAGAACUUAUACGAAAUCCAAUUGGGAACGAUAAAAAAGGAGAUUAUUUUUAUUUUAAAAUAAAUAAUCUACCAAUAUAUAUUAAAGGAUCAAAUUGGAUUCCAGCUGAUAGUUUUCCCAAUGAAAUAAGCGUUGCAAAAUUAGAGUUACUAUUAAAAUCAGCUAAACUUACAGGAAUGAAUGCUUUAAGAGUUUGGGGAGGUGGAAUUUACGAAUCAGACAAAUUUUAUCAAUUGACCAAUCAAUACGGAAUAAUGAUAUGGCAAGAUUUAAUGUUUGCUUGUAGUAUGUAUCCAAAAGAUGAAGAAUUUCUUGUUAAUGUGGCAAGGGAAAUUGACUAUCAAGUUUUAAGGUUAUCAAAUCAUCCAUCUAUAACUGUAUGGUCGUUUAAUAACGAAAAUGAAGCUGCACUAAGAGAGAAUUGGUACAACACUUCGAAUAAUUAUCGCCAAUACUAUGAGGAUUAUAUUAAAUUAUAUAUUAAGACCAUCAAGGGAAUUGUCGAAAAAGACUCCACUCGUCCUUCUACCCCUUCUAGUCCAUCAAACGGUCUAUUAACUGAGAAACAAAAUUGGGUUGCCAAUAAUCCUCAAGACCCACUUUAUGGAGACGUGCAUUACUAUAAUUAUAUAGGUGAUAGCUGGAAUUGGACAAUAUAUCCAAUACCACGGUUUUUAUCAGAAUUUGGUUUGCAAUCUUGGCCGUCAAGUUACACUAUGAACACGGCUUUCGACAAAUCGGAUUGGUUCAUCAAUAGUUCAGUUGCUAGUAAUAGACAGCAUCAUCCGAAUGGUACUAAAGAACUAAAUGCUCAAAUUCAGAGUCACUUUAAAGAUUUGCCAAAAUCUAAAGACCCCAAAAAAUAUUUUGAAGAUUUUAUGUUUCUUACACAGAUUAACCAAGCUGAAGGAAUACGGACAGAAGCCGAACUAAUGAGACGUAUGCAAAAUUUUUUCAACAGUAAAGGGCAAGGCCAUACUAUGGGAACGCUAUAUUGGCAAUUAAAUGACAUUUGGCAAGCGCCAACGUGGUCUUCAAUAGAUUAUCUCGGCAAGUGGAAGAUGUUACAAUAUUUCGCCAGGAGAUUCUACUCCAAUCCGACUCUUUCAAGUUAUAUAGAUAAUGAUGUUAUUAAAUUACAUUUUCUACAGGAUAUCUUACCCAAUAAUGACACAAACGACAAUAAUCUAAGAUUUAGGUCUUUGCUAAACCUAGAGCCCGGAAACUAUGUCAAAAAGAGUCUUUUAGUUUUAAAAGUAAUAGUCUUCAAAUGGAGUUCUUUAAAUCCUAUUGCAUCUCAAAAGUUUAAUAUCCAACGGCCAAUUUAUUCUUCUGCGGAAAUAUAUCAACAAAAUAUUAGACAACUGUUACAAAUGGCAAAUGCUUCGAAAAGUGAACUCUUUCUUGUCUUUGAAGCCACUUCCGACAAUAUAAUUCUGUAUAAUUGGAUACCUCUCGCCUAUUAUAAAGACAUUAAUCUUCCUAAACCCAAAAUACAAAUUAAGGACUUAACUAAAAAAACAGCAACCAAGUUUACAAUUGAAUUAUCUACUGAUAACAUUGCUGCCUACGUUUGGCUAGAAGUUUAUGAAUGUCAGGGUUAUUUUUCGGAAAACGGUUUCUUAAUGUACAGGAGAGAGUAUCAAGUGGAAUUUUACAGUUGGAAAGAAUGCAAUAAUCUUAAUGAUAUAACAGUUAAGACUUUGAACCAUUUAUAUAAUUAA